CCACGCAAACUAACUUUUAAUUCGCUUACAAAGGAGAGAUUUAGCCUGCUAAGCUAGCUAAUGGCUUCCACAUCAAACAACCCGAGCUAACGCGGUGUUAGCUGCCGUGGUCCGAGGGUCUGCAGGUACUCUCUGGGGCAUGUGUACAGCGAACUGUCGGCUGCCGUCGUCGAAUAUUUGAUGGACACAUAUCAACGUUAUAUCGUCAAUGGGAGAAAGGGUUUGAAACUUUAGACCCAAGUCUUCCCCACCCGAGAGUGUUUCUUCAACUCGUAGACUAAAUGCAACUGGACCAGGGGGCUUGUGGGCAUGAAGUGGCUGGGCGAAUCCAAGAACAUGGUAUUAAAUGGCAGACGACACGGAAACAAGUUGACCAGCGAGCAACCUGUGAGCCAGAGCCAGACUCGCUCGCAGCAUUCACAGCGGGCAUCCCUGCGCCACAACAAAACCCACCCCAGAAACCGAAGAUGUAGCCGCAGGUUUAAUGCAGCCAGUCUGGAGGCAGAGAGGCGCUAUGUGCCCUCCUCAGGAAUGACUGCCAAGGAGUUGUGUGAGAAUGAUGAUCUGACCACAAGCCUCAUCCUGGAUCCAUAUCUGGGCUUUCAAACCCACAAAAUGAACACCAGAUUUCGACCAAUUAAGGGAAGACAAGAGGAGCUGAAAGAGAUAAUCGAGCGCUUCAAGAAACAUGACAACUUGGAGAAGGCUUUCAGAGCACUGACAUCAGGAGACUGGUCCCGAAAUCUGUUUCUCCACAAGACAAAAGCUCAAGAAAAGCUCUUCAAGCAACAUGUAUUUGUAUAUCUGCGGAUGUUUGCCACGGACAGCGGCUUUGAGAUUCUUCCUUGUAAUCGCUAUUCAUCAGAGCAAAAUGGAGCUAAAAUUGUGGCAACAAAGGAAUGGAAAAGAAAUGACAAGAUUGAGUACCUGGUGGGAUGCAUUGCUGAGCUUUCAGAGAGUGAGGAGAACUUGCUGCUCCGGCACGGGGAGAAUGACUUCAGUGUCAUGUAUUCAACCCGCAAGAACUGUGCACAGCUCUGGUUGGGGCCAGCUGCCUUCAUCAAUCAUGAUUGCCGGCCAAACUGCAAGUUUGUAUCGACAGGACGGGACACAGCCUGUGUGAAGGUUUUGAGGGACAUUGAACCAGGAGAGGAAAUCUCAUGUUACUACGGAGAUGGGUUUUUUGGGGAAAACAAUGAAUUUUGUGAAUGCUAUACGUGUGAAAGACGGGGUACUGGUGCUUUCAAAUCCAAAGCUGGACUGCCAGUGGAAGUGCCAGUGAUAAACAGCAAGUACGGGUUGCGGGAGACGGACAAGCGUCUGAACAGGCUGAAGAAGCUGGGGGAAGGAAACAGGAGCUCGGACAGUCACUCUGUAGGCUCCCACACCGAUGUAGACUCUCAGGAAAUGCCAAAAACACAUCAAUCUGCCAGAAAAAGAACAUCCUCAUCAUCUGGCCUGAAGUAUAAAAACAGGACUCAAACCAGACAGACUUUGUCAAGAGCCCUUACUACCUCAUGUUCAAAACAAGGUCGUGUAAACAAUAACAGGGUACCAAAGAGACUAAAAUCCCAAUCCAAGCCUUCACUAAGUAAAGUCCAGUUGCGGUGUCGCAGGAGGGGUGCAGAGCCCAAGGCGUUGGCCAAAGGAGAGACUUGCCAGCUGGGUCUCAGGGACUCAAAGGUGUCGCUGUGUAAAGGUGUCACCGUCAAAAAGGAGAAGGAUGGACAGGAGCUGCAGCAGACACUAGGCCAGAGGGGCUGCCUCACCCGUCAUGCUGCCAAGGAAAAUGGCAAUCUACCAGUUGUGCAAAGCAGCGAGGGUAGCCAGUGUUCAACGUACAGAACUCGCAGGUCCACAAGGACCCUUGUAAAAGCCCAGGAAACGGCAGCUGGCGUUAAGCUGGAGCCUAGUGCUAUGGACGGCUUGAGCCCAGUCCCUGGUGGAGUGGUCAUUAAAACAGAGCCAGCUGACAUGGAGGAGUAUCUCCGCCAUGGGGUGGGACUGGAGCAGCCGGCAUUAGACACCGGCUACGCCAGGAGAGGCUCCUGCACCAGGCGGAAACGGCUGACACGGCUCAGGACCGAGCGGACAAUUAAAUGUGAGGACUCAUAUGGUGAGCCGUUCAUGCCAGUGGCUGCUGGCCGCACCGCUAGCUUCUCAGACUGUGGCAACAUGCUGUUAAGCUUCGCCGACCGACACAGGGACUACAACGGGGUUGCCAAUGGCAGCAAAUCCCUCCGCAGGGACAAGGGUAAGAGUGGCUGCCGGUCACAGGACAAGGGGAAGAAGAAACGUCAGAUCACACGAUAUGAUGCCCAGCUGAUCCUGGAGAACAACACAGGCAUCCCUAAACUGACGCUCCGCCGGCGGAGGGACAGCAGCAGUAGCAAGACCAAUGACCCCAACGAUCCCAUUGGCUCCUCCAACCUUUCUGCCUCUACGGUCAACUCGGCCUCUUCCAGCAAAAUCAGCAUCAAGUUCAGCAAGGACCACGAUAAGGACAAGGGCAGCUCCUACAUAGCCAAACUGAAUAAUGGCUUUGCCCCUGUGGUCCACAGUAACUCCACCAAGCUGAAGAUCCAGCUGAAGAGAGAGGACGAUGCACGGAGAAUAUCCCAGACAAAGGCGGAACAGAUGUCCUAUAAUGGGGACAUGAGUCAGAGUCUGGAGGCCAGGAAUGGCGGACAUCGGACCCAAAAGGUCCUGGCGGACCCUUCAUCUGAGGAGGACAACGAUGAGGAAGGGGAGGACGACGAUGACUACUUCGACAAUGAGUUCGAAGACGAUUUCAUUCCACUUCCUCCAGCAAAGCGGCUCCGACUAAUUGUGGGUAAAGACUCCAUAGACAUCGAUAUCUCCUCCAGGAGGAGAGAGGAUCAGUCUCUGAGGCUCAAUGCAUAAGCUGUGGAGCUCAUCACUUCCACCUUUCCCUGUAAAUAAAGAUGACUCGCUAAUCAACUGUUGUGUUGAUGUAAAAGAAGUACAGUAAUUUAAAAACAAAAGAAUUGCUGAAAAAUUAAGAAUUUGAAUGAACGUUACUAGAGGGUGCUGUUAACCUAAAACAAAUCUCUGUUAUUCACUUAAGUUGUGUUUAUCAAUAAGUGUCGUUUUAGUUCUCAUUUAGACAAAUUACAUUGAUUAAGCGAAAGUUCAGUCAUCCAGUCCAUCUCCUCUGGCAUUUUAACUGCAUACUAUGCUAAAUGUAAACUGCAGGAAUUUGCCAAAUCGUCCUCUUAUUGUUUCUGAAUAAUUUGGCCUGGUCCUAAGUGAAAAACGAGAAUUUGUUUUAAGUUCAACUAUUCCUUCAAGUGAAUGCACUUGUUAUAUUCAUAAUGGACAUGGAUAUUGUAGAAAGUGUACAGUAUGGUGACUAUCCCCUCUGUCUCAUAGGCAGGUUUUUAUUGAACUUUCGAUUUCUGUCUCAUAGUUUGUAAUUUUUGUUUGGCAAACCAUGCUGAACGUGCAGUAUGGUGUGGUUAGUCUAGAGGCAUUAUAAGAUCAGUCAGUCAGUUCAUUUGGAUAAAAGUGCCAUGUUCUCAUUAUCCCAGUAGUUUCCUGGUAAAGAGGUUCCAUAAUUCAUUAAUUAUCAGCAUUAUUUACUGUGUAAGUCAAUCAUGUGUCUCUGUAGAACUCAAUCAUGUUAAACCUUCCAUUUUUCACAUGAGUGUCAUAGAAAGAGUUGUUGAAGCAGAAUUUUUAUACGAUUUUUUAAUAUUAUGGAUUUAACACGCACCAAAACCGAGUUUAUGUGUUGCAGACCGUUGACAAAAACCUCACAUUAAAGGGGGGGGGAGAAAAAAAAAAGCCGCAGUCAUACUGACAUGUGAGCAGUUACAACAUGCAUGUGGAACUACGGUGUGUAUUUAGUUUGCCUGCAGUCGUCACACACGCAUAACACGAACGAUCAGUUGUAAUGGUGUUGCACAAUUAUUUUCCAAUAUCAACUCAGCAGUUCAUUCAGAGAGCUGUAAAUAAAUCAAUUAAGCUGCAGAAUUCCAAUAAAUAAAAGCACACAAGGUUUUAUAAUCAAUUGAGUAUGGUCAAAUAUGUCGGAAAUUAAAUGGACCAGUGUUUUUCUUCAGUUCUUGUGGCUACUGAAUAAUGGUAACAUGGCACACAUGGUAGUUCAGCCCUUUUCAACGAUUGAGAACAUAUACCAAAUCCACAUAAAAAGGCUACCUAUAUGCUUUUUAAAUCUCUAAAAGUAGUGUACAGAAAGGCUGGCUUAUGUCCCUCAGCUGAAUUAUGACAUUUAUUUUCUCUCAAGUCACGUCUCACUCCUUUUUAUUUACCUAAUUCUGAUUUUUGGAAGCGAGUUAACUAGAGCUGCAACGAUCGGUUGAUUAAUCAUUUAUUCGAUUGACAGAAAAAUGAUCAACUAUUUGGAUAAUUGAUUGACAUAACGGUCUAUUUUUGUCAAAAUUCUCUGGUUUAAGAUUCUGAAAUGUGAAUAAUUUCUGUUUUUUGUAGUCUUCUAUGGUAGUAAACUCAGUUUGUGUUGGUUUAGGACCAUUUGUCGGACUAAACGAGACAUUUGAAGACGCCACCGUGGGCUUUGGGAAACUGUGACAGACAUUUUUCACAGCUUUCUGACAUUUUAUUGCCCUAAUAAAACGGCUAAUUGAUUAAUCGAUAAAAAUAAUAAUAGCUCGUUGCAGCGCUGAAGUUAACGGAUGUCCAUCGACACUAGAGUUUUGAGGAGGAAAAUCACAUUGUCUGAAAUGUUCUUACUAGCAUAGAAUCAUGUAUUCUUUUCUCUGUGGUGCUACUUUUUAUUUCCAUACUAUCUGUUUGAGUUUCUGUCCUGUGUAACUCUGUAUUGGUAGAUGGUGGCAGCAUUAGCUUUUAACGGGCCCAAAUUCUGUAGAAAUACAUGUUUUACAUCAGUAAUACACAUUUUAUCUGUAGCCUAUUUAAGUUGUAUUUUUGUUUCGUUUCUUUGUUUUGUUUUCUUUUUUAAUUUUUCUUUACAGGAGCACACGUACUUUGUUUUUUUAGUUUGCAAAAAUAACUGUCUAUCCAACAGCAUUAGGUGCCUUAACAAAGAGCUUUUUGACACAUUUAGACCAAAUUUGUAACACAACUGAUCGAUGAGGAAUGAAAAUGCUAAGCCAUCUGCUUCCCCCUUGAAAUACUGACACAAUUCAACACAAGUCCACUGUCAGUCCUUCUGUAUAUUAUUUUAUAUUUGUUGUGUGGAAGUUAAUGAACUGCCCAACAGAUCAAGGGAUCAACAGAGAUUGAAUGUUAACCCACUUUUCUUGUGUUAAUAUGUACUGUUCAUAUCACCAGCAGCUAAUCACCGUUCUGAACCUGGCUCAGUCUGUCCUUCCCCUUCGUCGGACGUCUCCAUCCUACACUGUAAACUGUUCCAGGUGUACCGUCUGUGUGGUCUUUGUCCAAUAGACAGCUGUCAAGAUUUCAAAUUGAUUCAAAAAGUUAAAAAAAAAAAAAAAA